GCUUUUUGGACAAGACAGCAUCUGCCCGUGUUGAUGGUGCCCAGCAAACCAAAGGGGAACAGGUGGGUCAUCUCCUGGACCGAGCCUCUGCCCGAAAGGGCAUGAACCAAAGCCACAAGAGGCGAGCAAGGGCCAAGGCAGCCCGACCGCGGCAUCGCGGCCUCCCCGCUGCCUCCAUCUCCCUUAAAAGCAGAAGAAGAUAAUGUUCUCCAGUUAACACGGGUUUAUAUCCUCUCCCUCCUGCUCCCCUGCCCCCACAGACACAUUAGAGAAAGAAAGAAAACCAAGAGCCUGCAGUUGUCCCGCCAAGCACAGCCCCCGGUGACCGGUCUGGUGGCCCUUCGGCUCUGGCAGGAAGUGAGUGGCCCCUUCUGUCUGCCGGCCCCCGCCCCCGUGGUGUAGCGUUGCCGCUAUCAGCAUUCGAGAGGCUUUCUGGAUUGUUUCUGUCCGGUGCUAUCGUCAUGGCCUGAACUGUUCUCUCAGCGCACGGGUUCUUCUCCGUUUCCUCUAACACGGAACAUUUCAUCAUUUCUUAUGGUGCAACAAUGUUCAUCCCCAUUCAGAUGCCACGGUUUGUUUGGCCGUCCCCAGGAGUUGCCGACGCCCACCGGGAUCUUUGCAUCAACCAGGCCGUGGUGUUUAUCGAGGACGCCAUCCAGUACCGUUCCAUCAAUCACCGCAUGGACUCCACGUCGCUGGCACUGUACCGAUGGCAUUACUCACGCAUCUGCCAGGGGGUUCUCAGUUUCACCAUUUUCCUGAUCCUGUCUCUGGCUUUCAUCGAGACCCCUUCUUCCCUCACGGUCACCUCGGACGUCCGCUACCGCCAGGCCCCCUGGGAGCCUCCGUGCGGCCUGACGGAGAGCGUCGAGGCGCUGUGCUUCCUGGUGUUCAUAGCGGACGUGUCCAUGAAGAGCUAUUUGAUUGGAUGGAGAGAGUUUCUGAAGAACCGCUGGCUGUUGGCCUACAUCGUGGCGCUGGUGGUGUCUCUGACCGACUGGACCGUGUCCUUGAGCUUCGGCUGUCGGGAGACGCUGCGUGUCCGCCGGCUCGUGCGACCUUUUUUCCUUCUCCAGAACUCUUCCAUGAUGAAGAAGACGCUGAAGUGCAUCAGACGGACGCUGCCCGAGAUGGCCAGCGUUGCGCUGCUGCUCUUUGUACACCUGUGCCUGUUCACGAUGCUCGGCAUGCUGCUGUUCAUGCGGGAAAAGGAUGACCGGAAGGACCAGGAGCGGAGGCUGUAUUUUCAGAACUUUCCAGAGUCGCUGACUUCCCUUCUGGUGCUGCUGACCACAGCCAACAACCCCGACGUGAUGAUUCCUGCAUAUUCCAAGAACCGGGCGUAUUCCAUCUUCUUCAUCGUCUUCACUGUGAUAGGAAGUUUGUUUCUGAUGAACCUGCUGACCGCCAUCAUCUACAACCAGUUCAGGGGCUACCUCAUGGGGUUGGACGGGGUGACCCCGAGACCUCUUCCUGCCCCCAGAGUCCAUCGUUCUCAGGGUGGUCUUGGAUGUCUUGUGGAAAUUGAGGCAGAAGGGGGCACCGGAGGGUGUUUCCCAGGCCCGCUGUGGAUGGUGUGUGCUUUUUUGGAAUCGAUUCAGUCCUCGCUCUUUAGGAGGCGACUGGGGAUCCGGGCGGCCUUCGAAGUCCUCUGCUCCCUGGAAGGAGCAGAAAUCCAUCCUCUUGUAGUCGGUGUUAAGCCGGAAACGUUCCUCCAGGUGAUUCAGAAAGUGAAAAUGAGCCUUUACUGCAAGGAAGCCAUCAUCCAGACUGUUGGAUCCCACGCCGGCGGACUGAUGUCGGCUGAUCAGUUCCAGAGCGUCUUCGAGGAGCUGGACAAAGAUGCGAUUAAGGAGCAUCCUCCUCGGCCCGCGUACCCUUCCACUGUCCUGCAACGUGCGCAGUCUGUCUUUGGCCACCGCUAUUUUGACUACUUGGGGAACUUUGUCGCCUUUGGAAACAUCGUUUCCAUUUGUGUGUUCUUGGUGAUAGACGCGGACAAGUUGCCCAGUGAGCGGGAUGACUUCAUUCUGGGGGUCCUGAACUGUUUCUUCAUCCUCUACUACGUGCUGGAGAUGCUGCUGAAGGUGUUUGCACUGGGCCUGAAAGGCUACGUCUCCUUCUUCAGCAACAUUUUCGAUGGGAUUCUCACCGUGAUCCUGCUGGUUUUGGAGAUCUCCACUCUCGCCGUGUACCGAUUUCCUCAUCCAGGCUGGAAGCCCGAGAUGCUGGGCCUCUUGUCUCUGUGGGACAUGAGCAGGCUGGUGAAUAUGUUCAUUGUGUUUCGGUUCUUAAGGAUCAUCCCAAAUAUGAAGCUGAUGUCCUUGGUGGCUGGGACCCUCCUGGACUUGGUCAGAAACAUGAGAGCCUUUGCAGGGAUCCUGGUGGUGGUUUACUAUGUUUUUGCCAUUGUUGGGAUUGGCCUGUUCCAAGGAGCCAUUGAAUCCCCUCCAGGAAACAGCAGCCUGGUCUAUGCCAACGGCACCGCGCCAUGUGGUACCUUUGAGCAGCUGGAGUAUUGGCCCAAUAACUUCGAUGACUUUGCGGCUGCCCUGGUGACUCUCUGGGAUGUGAUGGUCGUCAACAACUGGCAGGUUUUCCUGGAUGUGUACACGCGCUACUCCAGCCCGUGGUCGAAGCUCUACUUCGUGGCCUGGUGGCUGGUGUCCUCCAUCGUCUGGAUGAAUCUCUUUGUGGCCCUGAUUCUGGAGAACUUCAUUCACAAGUGGGACCGCCGAGGCCAGCAGCAGCCUGUGCCCGGGUCGUGCCAGGCACCAUACCAGGUGACGGUGGAGCUUAUGUUUAGGGACGUCCUGGAGGAGCCAACGGAAGAAGAGUUGGUGGCGAAGUUGAUACAGCACCCCCACCUCCACCUCUGUAGGUGACACAGGCAUCCCCGCCCGCGUCCUCAGCCCGGGAAUGGACAUACCAGGAAGACCUGCAGAGGGAUGUCAUGGUCUCCGGUGUCAUCCGUGGGGCCCUUGCCAGGGAAGGAGAGAGAGGACGGGGUUACCCAUAUUAGAAUUGUUUUCAUUUUGCAAACCACUCCCUCCUAUCCGUGUGGAAGGAGGACCGUCUGCCCUGUGCCGUGAGGACCGCUAACGACGUGAAUGUUGGUGUGGACUUGGGCUCUGGACACCGACUGACUGUGAGACCCCUCCCCUGUGCCGCUGGUGGGCUUCUAAGCCGCCAGAGUGACCCCGUUGUAUUUUACCUCACAAGCCCUUAGGAGUGCAACAGGGCAUGGUUGGGAGUAGCCCGAGGGUGAGAUGCCAGGUCUGUGGGUGAUCUCUGACAGUGCCUUGGGGGGCUCUGGGGGAGUCCUGGCUUUUUACAUGCAGAUGAACCAGAUUUAUUUUUUAGCCUGAAUGACGAUGCCAGCCGCACUGUGCCUACUCUAAGUAAAGGGCUUAGGAGGUGGCGGUCUGCCCACCCCUCUGGGGCUGCGUGGCUCAGGUGGGGCAGUCCUACCAAGGAAGGCUUCUCCUGCAUCUCUCCCAAGCCUGCUGCCCCCUUCAUUGGCCUUAGCCCGUGAGCCCUGUGGGAAUUGAGCAAGGCUCAGCCUUUGCAGCCAGGCCUGCUGGUUGUCUUAGAUGGCAGCAGGGAAUUUCAUGGGUUUUCCACAUGGGUCAGUGUGACCAUGGAUUGGAACUGAUGACAUAGUUGAGUCUCCUCUCUCCUACCCCUCCCUCCACCUGCUGUCCUGCCCUAAUAUGUGCUAAGUUUAGGUCAAAUUUAUCGUAGGAGAAAGUGGCACGUGUUUGUUGUGGUUUCUGUGAGUGGCCCUUCCAGGGCCAUUCCUCAUCUCCCCUGCUUCUUUUCCCUUCUUAGAAAUAGUCCAUGGGGUUUGAAGGGGUGAGAAACCCAGCGUCCUUGUGGUCCAGUCCUGGGACCUGAAGAGGCAGGCGUGAAGCGCCUCUGGGGUGCCAGGUGGGCUGCAAAGGGCUCCUAGGAAAGCCAUCCCUUCCCCAUCCGCAUGGAGCCCACUUUCUGCAGCAGCCCCUGUGCCUGGUGUAAAGGGAGCGAGCCAGAGCUGACCCGCGGUGUGGAGGAGGGCUUUCUCUUCUAUUCUCUUCUCCCUUCUGUCUUCCUUCUGCAAUGCCAUCGCAUUGUGAGCACUGCGGCUCAUAGCCAGUCCUUUCUGGACGUCACCAUGCCCCUCCUUCUCCACCCGCCCGUGAACGUGCCUUUGUAACAAAGAGCUGGGGCAGACAUUUGGUUCCACUGCGUGCACCAUUCUGCACCUGUAGGCCCUCACCUCUCCAACAAAGGCAGGGGAAGAACUGUGUGAAUUUGAGUUCUCUUAGGGUCAAACCUGCUCUGCUCCUAUUCCUCCUUGACCCGUCUUUCUUCUUUGUGUGGUCUCAGAUACGUCCAGUGUUCGGUAGCUCUGGCCGGCAGAAAAGGAAAAAGAAGAGAGGGAGGGAGAAUGAUUGGUGACGGGAGAAUUAGGAGCAUGUUCUAGCCUGUCGGUUAAGGACAAAUAUGUAAGGGAGUAGAGUUGUUGCUGUCCAUUGGUAUGAGGUCCCUGGCUCAUCACAGAAUGUGUUUACACCUCUGCGGCAGGUGGGGGGGCUUCUAGUCAUGCCAAGGGGCUGCCCCCUGGGGGACAGAGCCUUGACAGGGAUUUUAAGAAAAUUAUAAAAGAAUCAGCAUUCACCACAAAUACUAAUAAACCCAAUAUGAACCAUGUCUCCCACCUAGAAUCCUCAAAGUUGAACUGUUUCCAUUUUGAUUAAAUGGGAAAAAAAAAUAAUGCUCAAAUGUGUCAGUGAAUCGGCCAUCCAGUCAUCUCUCCUAUUGAAUUCUGAGUCCAAAUCAUUGUCCAUGCCGUCAGUUCUAAGACUCUGUGUGUGUGUGUGUGUGUGUGUGUGUAUGUAUGUGUGUGUGUGAGAGAGAGAAUCUGUGUGGU